AAUAAUCACAUGCUUCCGAUCGACUCUCAUCUGCUAGCUAAGCAACAUUGGUUUUGCGGAUAAAACUUCACAUCUCCAUAAACAGCAAUGUUAAAAUUAGAAGGGUUAGGGCCCAAAAUGGACCCAGAGGAGAUGAAGAGGAAAAUGCGCGAGGACGUCGUGUCGUCUGUGCGCAACUUUCUCAUCUAUAUUGCCCUUCUUCGAGUCACACCAUAUGUUCUGAAGAAACUGGACAGCAUAUGAAUGGACCAACUAGAAUCACCUCUUCACCUCUCCCAUCCACACAUCACGCUGUUCACUGAUGAGGAGGAAUCAUGGACAUGAUUAACACCGUGAGAGGGACCUGAGGACCAGGCAGCGUCAUCAAUAUGGACCCCUUGGACAUAACCUGUUGUGUCCAUCACAGAGCCUGAGCACAAAAGAAAGUGUCAUUUGUAGCCAUGUCUUUUUUUGUGGUUGACUUUUUGUUUAUGGGGAUUUACUGAAAAUAGCGUGUUUGUCAGUGUUCAUUAUUUUGAUUUACAUUGUCUCUUUCAACCGUUUCUGUUUCUGUUGUGACAUGUUCACGUUGUCAUUGUUGACAUUACAUCUUACAUGUCAUUAAAUAAAUGGAAGAGUUGACAAUGUGGCUGUAGGCUUUUUUCUGUUUAUAAGACAACACGUCCUGGAAUAGAAACCAUCGCUCAGAGUAGUUACUGAAUAUCAAUAUUCAAAUUGUAAUCCUGUAGCUAAUAAAAUACUUGCUUUUAUUUAUUCAGUGUCCCAUGACCUCGGGGGGGUUAACCCUGGUUUAACUUUAGGGGGCGCUGUUGUCUUUUUUAAGAAAAUGGGAAGGGGUGUCUCGCGUGCACAAAUAAACUAUUGUGAAUUCGGAAUUUGCAUUUGUUGCAAAGCUAUGUAUGAGUCGAUGCUUUCAGUGUAUGAAAAAGCCCUUCGAUAAACGAAUCCACGAUAUCUUAAUUUAUUAAGUGCUCACGUCAAGACCAUGUUGGAAUCGCAAUAGUUAUGUCGCGGACGGUCUUUAGCUAGCAAAUGAACAACAAUGUACAAUGCAUUUGUCCAGUUCUCUCCAGCUAGCAGGUGAUGGGAUUGAGCAAACCUCCUUGGUCCUGUAUUAUCGGUUACCCUGAACAAUUUACACGUGCACAGGUAGAGUGAUUCUUCAUUCUUGCUAGAGUACAGUUCGCUAUGCUACGAAUGAUCUGCUAGCAAAUCUGAAAAAAGGGAUGGACGGUAAAAUGGACUUCCCUGGCCACUUUGAGCACAUCUUCAAGCAAUUGAACCAUCAGCGUAUCCACGGUCAGCUCUGCGAUUGUGUGAUUGUGGUAGGCAGCCAACGCUUCCAGGCGCAUCGCUCCGUCCUGGCUGCCUGCAGUACUCACUUCCGGGCCCUUCUCGGCACUGUGGAAGGGGACAAGGGUGUAGGAGGGGGUAGGAAAGUCACGGAUGGAGGUGGGGUGGCAGUGGUGGGGCUGGACCUGGGGGUAGUGACUCCAGAGGCUUUCGCCUCCCUGUUGGAUAUGAUCUACACCUCCACCCUAACUCUCGGCUCAUCCAAUGUGAUGGAUGUCUUGCUGGCUGCAUCCCAUCUGCACCUCAACUCUGUAGUCAAGGCCUGCAAGCAACACCUUUCCUCUCACAACUUCCCCACUUCGCCCCCUAGUGGCUGGAGGUUAACUACGCAGCAGCAGUUCAGCCAUACAGGUGAGCAGCACAACAUGAAGGAGUCUCAAUCGCUGUCCGGAACUGUGGCCAAUUCCAAACAGCAGAGGUCUGCCUUGCUCCAGGAGCUAGGGCUCACCCUGGUCACCUCUGCCUUGGAGGGAAGCCUGGACCUCGGGGAGGCCGGGGUAGAGGCAGGCCUGGAGGAAGGUAGGGACGGGAGGGCAGAAGCUGGUGUCGGAGUGGAGCAGAAGACAGGCUUCCCCACCACACGUCUUCACAAACGGAAGUCUGCUUCGCCCCAGGCGCUUCAGGAAGAGAGACCCACCAGCAGACAGAGACCCUGCUGGCUGUCUGAGGGGGGCUGCAGGGCAGGGUCUAUGGACUCACUAAAGACGGACGAGGGCCUCUACUUGGAGAGAGGAGGUGCCGAGGAGGAGGAAGUGGAGGAGAAGUAUGAGGCACCGGGGAGAGGAAUAGAACAAGAGGAGGUGCAGCUGCCCACCCAAUCGGAUUGUGGCGUGGGAGGGGCACAGGGAGACGAGGGAGAAGGUCACCCAGAUGUGGAUGAAGGGAUAAUGGUGAAAGUGAAGGUGGGAGAGGAAGGGGAGGAGGAGGAGAAGAUGGAGGUUGUUGAGGUGAAGAGUGAACACCUCAGCACGGCUUAUUCAGACCCACUUGGCAUCUCUAGCAACCCUCCAUCCCCACUGGAGGACAACAGCGAUCAUCUAGAUGAAGAACCAAACAGAGAGGAAACAUCUCCUGAUCCCCCUGCACAAAACACAGACGAAGGGGACAGUUUAACUGACACCGAUGGCCUAGACAGCCUUCAAGACCUGGGCCUUUCCUGCAUUCUCAACCCCAGCAGUGAGAGUAGCAGUGGUGCAGUUGACACUGAAAGGAUCCUUCAUACCAGCGUGAAAGGAGCUCAGUCUGUAUGUGGGGAGGCCGACGGGUCGUCUCAAGACCCAGACGCAAACAACGCCUCGUCCUCUUCCUCUCUUGGGUUCCCAGUGGCCUCUGUUCCCAUGCAGCAGCUUCUCUCUGGCCAGCCACACAGUUUCACUGAAGCCUUCUUCCUUCAGCCCAGUAAGAGCUCCCCGGCGGGGUUCCUGAAGGGCCUCAGGCCAGAAAUGGGACCCUCUUCCCUGGGUAGCCUCAGCGUGCAGCCUGCCCUCCCCCACUCGUCCAGGGACAAGACCUCCAGACAAGGACAAGGAGGCGGUUUAGCGAGGCCAUCUCUGCGUCGCAUCCUUCCCAAAGUGGACCCAUACUCCGAGGUCCAAGCAGACCAGAUCGAUCCCCCACCAGGGGGCGCUCCCCCAGCUCCCGUUGCCCUCCCGAUGGCCUCGGAGGAGGUCCUCUCCAAGUGUAAGAAGGCUCUCAUGGAACACAACGUCCUGGUCGUCGAGGGAGCCCGGAAGUACGCGUGCCGCAUCUGCUCCAAGACCUUCCUGAACCUGACCGACUGCAGGAAGCACAUCCGCGUUCACACGGGGGAGAAGCCCUACGCGUGCCUCAAGUGCGGCAAGCGAUUCAGCCAGUCGUCCCACCUCUACAAGCACUCCAAGACCACCUGUCUACGCUGGCAGGGGGCUCAUCUGCUCUGACACCUCCCUCGAAACAGAUGUCCUGAUUCGGAUGAUGCGCUGCGACGCAAAGGAUUUCCCUCCCAGGAAGCCAAAUGCCUGUCACACUGACUCGUUCGAUGGAGAAGCGUGAAUUCAAAUAGCAGUUGCCUAGGGUACGGUGGGUUUGUGUUAUGAAAUUGCUACCCAGUGUGAUAUGAUCUGAAGAGUCUACAGUGGUCUUUUGGGUGUCUGUCGUGAAGCAUUUCGUUUUGUAAUGUCCCCCCCACGAGGAGACAAUAAAGUCAAGAUAUGUGUUGUAAAAGUGAAGACACUUUUUUGUAGGUUUUUACACUGAAUUUAGCAGUGUUUAAUGUAUAUGUACUUAGGGAAUGACUAUAAGUUUCUAUUGUCAUAAAGCUUUGAAGUGAAACCCG